GCUCCAGCGCCAUGUUUAUUUUGUUAAAUGUCAAUUUUACUCAGCUUGUGAGACGUGUGGAGGACGAUUCGUUUAUUGUUUUUUUUUAUACCAAACAAUUAUUUCUAAAAUCAUCGAUGAAGUCUUUCAAAGUAAAACAUGUGAAUAUUUUGGCAGUGAAAAUACAAAGGACAACCUAUUACAGAAAUAUGCAUUCGUGAUGACAAUUUAUUAUAGUGUGAGUGCGGAUCAAAGAUAAUGCCGACAAGAUGAAGCUUUUAUCGUUGUUAUUUAUGAUUACGACGAGUUUCGGCGUCCGUGUGAUCCUUGCUCAAAGCGAUAACUGUACUAGAACUAACAGUCGUGGUGAUUACAAAUUAUGUGUUCGCAAGCUAUCAGAUACUUUAGCUAGCAAGUUCAGUGAAAUAGUGGUAAAGGAACUCGGCAGCGAGUAUACAGCGCACUUCGAGAUCCGAACCGCUUAUAAAGUGAGCCGCUAUCAAACCACUGACGAUGAAGUCCUCAACAGUAUUGUGGAGAAGCUCAGCUACAAGCUAUCGUCGGCUACGAACAUACUUCGUGACAUGAACAAUGUAAUUAACGACAACAGUACUCCGUCCUUCACGCAUCCCUGUCCAUUCAACUCUAUUCGUAAGUCUGUAUUUAUUAAGAGUUUCAAUGUAUACGAGAAUUUGCCUUCUCAAGAUCCUAAAAAUAAAAUUAUGGGGCGUUUUAAGGAUUUAAAAGUUAAGAGACAAUAUUUCCUAUCUCACAUGGACUACGCUACUGAUAAGGAUUGUACAACAAUGCCACACUCUAACUUGAGGUACUUAUAUCAUAAGAUAGUGCAUCCUGAUCCUAAGCUAGUUGUGUUUAUAAUUGAUAACAAUAUGAGAGAGGACUCAUUACAGCAUGCUGUGCAUGUUGCUAAAGAGACAGUUUAUGCUCUGCAGGACUCAGAUAUGAUAGCUCUCAAGAUGACAAACAUGACAGAAUUUCAUAAAUUUGAAGAUACAUGCAGCACAGAUGGUAUGUCUGACUUAGGAAAUGCUACAGAAAACAACAAAUUAUUGUUGAAAGAAUACUUGUCUUCCCUAGAUGUUGCUUCCAGUAAUGUUUCACCUCUGACAUUAAAUAAAGAGCUCAAAAAGUUGUUAUUACAAAAAGAUUUACCUCAUCGUAAACUAUUCAUUUUUUUGACGGACACAAAGGUUUUAAAGAAUGAAACAUGGCUCAAAAUAUUUCCAUACUCUUCAAGCAAGGAGGAUAACUUAAAGUUUGCUAUUGGCUUAAUUUAUGAGAAUCAAGCUGAUAAGAACAGUUCUUUAGGUAUAUUACAUAUUGACAAGUGGCAUACUCACACCAACAACCAUUCUGUAAUGAGGCUACAUAUCAAUGAUACUGGUGUUGUUGGGCAGGUAGCUUCUGCAUUCAUUUCUCUGCUACCCGGACAUUAUGGCAGCAAAGAGAUUAAAAUAGAAGGACCAAUAUGGGAGGCUACAGAAAGAGACUUUAUGAUAUCUUUAGUGUUACCCACCACUGGUGGAGUGCUUGGUUUAGACUUAUAUUGGUCAGACCUUGCAGAGGACAUUGUGUACUUCAAGGGCACAAAUGAACGAAAAAGAGCCUUUGUCAUGGACUUUUCAGGUAUUGUUUUAAUGCAUACUUUCUUUCCUAGGCCAGAAUCAGCUUCAGAUAAAAUAAAGUUUACUAAAUUGGAGAAUGUAGAGACAUACUCAUUUAUAUCAACAGUAAAAGAAAAGAUGUUAUUGAAUAAUGUGGGAAAUUUAACCAUGUCAGAACAAAACUCUACCAAAUCAAUCAUUUACUCUUGGAAAUGGAUAGGGAAUCUGUACAUUGUCUGUAUUGUAUCCGAGAGAUUAGAACCAGCUGUGUUUAACAAAACUAACAUAUUUUUUACUAGGAGUAAUAAGGAGAUAUUGUUCCAUAGGUUGGAUUUAUUUCCUCCUAAAGCAGGAAAAAUGUGUAGGCAUUUUAAACAGAUAGCUACUAUUGAUCAGGGUACAGUGUAUUUAAGUCCAUCUAGUUUUCAAUCCCCAUUCACUUACUUAUAUGAUAUGGGUGAUGGGCAGGAAGCAGUCACAUACAUGCAGAACUACCUGGCUUACUUAAAGAGUGUAGCUCAUGGCCUCCUCUCCAAUCCAGGUCUUAAAAACGAAAUUCAGCAAGAUGUUGGAUUUCUCAACUCUAUUUUAUCAUUCUACAAAAGACAACACUUGCAUGGACCAUACUCUAAAUACAUAGUGAGAAGGUAUGCAGUUACAGAGAGUGGAGUCCUGGUGAUGUUCCCUGGAACUGUGCUGGAGUAUGAUUAUGAGCCAGUGAGGAGGCCAUGGUAUACAUAUGCAUUAGAGAACCCUGACAAAAUCAUUCUCACACCUCCCAACUUAGAUGUUGGUGGAGCUGGAUAUGUGGUGUCCAUAUCAUAUGCUGUAAAAAGUUCCUUCUACCCAACUAUGGUUGUUUCAAUGGAUGUUACUAUGGGAUUUUUAUACAAACUUCUUAUUGAUAGUUUACCUCUCUGUGCCAUGUCUUAUGUUAAAUGUUUUAUAAUGAAUAAUCGAGGCUAUUUGGUAUCACAUCCUGGGCUAAUGGACCCCAAUAGCUCAGGUCCUAUAGAACAACAGCAUAUUACUCACAAGGAAUCCAUGAUUGCUAUUGAUAUGUUGAAUCACAAGGGUUUUGUUACUAAAAGACUGUGUAAUAAUUUUUACGACAAAACUAUACAGCGGUUUUAUGAAUUUAAUACUUCUCUGCCUAAUGUGCUCUCUAAUGUAGUGUCAGGAGAUCAUUGUGUUCAUUAUUACAUAGCUGCCAUACCUGGCACCAAUGCUUUUAUUGGUCUAGUCAACGCGUCCUGCAGCGUCGGCGCUUUCUGUCCCUGCAGUAUGGUAGACCGUCUUUGUCUAAAUUGCAAUCGUAUGGAACAAACCGAAUGCGAGUGCCCAUGUGAAUGUAGUUCAGAACUUUACGAGUGUCCAAACUCAAAUGUUUCACGAUUUAAUCAAGAUAUAGCACUUUGUGGAAUGAUGCUGGAAAACAAUAACCACAAGUCACAUUACUUCCAUAAUUUCGCUGAGAACUUAAAAUCUUGUUUCGAUUUCCAAUGCGAAACUUAUUUGACACACUCGUCUUGUUUAGGUGUUCUGGGUUGUGAAUGGUGUCAGAUAGAUGCCGAUGGCAGAACAACGUUAUCGGCGCCAUUCUGUACUUCCCAAUCAACUUGCUUCAAUGGCGUUUUAGGCGCCGUCACUCCUUACGGGGAGGGAACUCUAGGACAUGUGAACAGAGACGCUUUUGGCAACUAUUCUGCUAUCGGUCCGAUCGCAGGAUGCAUUGUAACUGUAAGCUUAGUUAUUGCCGUUGCCAUAUAUUGUUAUAGACAAAACGUCACUACUGCUAGUUGCCACAAUUUAUAUGUGGAUGGUCCGGCUGAGACUUGGCACGAUGCUGAUGUCCAAAUGAGUCACUUGCAAUCGGAUGAUAUGCACGACCAGUCGGGUCAAGACAAACUGUUGCCAGCCAUGGAGAUAGAAGCUCCUAUAUCACCGUACAGAGUCGUAACGGGGUACAGGAGACCGCACACGGCUGGCGGCUCCGAUCAUGGCUAUUCAACCAUGACGCCUCAUGAAGAUUCAGAGGCUACAGGGUUCUCAGUAAAUGAGCCAAUCGUUUUAUCAGACGACACAAAAUCUGACGUAAGCUGUCCUCUACCAGCUAAAAUAAAGCCCAGGUUAAAAGCUGGUGAUUUGAAUAUAACUGUCCUGCCAUGCGGCAAGAACAGUAUUAUAGCCCCUGUCACUGUGCAUAGACAUAUGGAAGCGUCGUAGUAGUAUAAGUGAUUAAAUAAAUCUACCUCUGUGUAUAUAAUAAUUAUUAAUGUUGUGUUAUUUUUGUAUAAUGUGAUACAAUUAAUUUGCUAACAUUUUAAUUCUUUGUUCUAUUUUUGUCUGAUCAAGUACUUAGAUAACAGUUCAAUAUCAUACAGUAACUAAUUUUACUUAAACAUUUGGUGCUCUUUAUGUACUUUGUUAUAAGAAUUAUUUUAUAAUUUAAUGAUGGUAUUUAAUAUUGAUGUUCCAUAAUAAUCUAAAUCAGAAUGUGUAUAAAAUGAUUUUGGUCUAUAUAGAUAAUUUGUUAAAUACUUGGUACUUAAUCUAAUCUUUAUCAAGAUAAUCUUAAAACAUGUUUAUAAUGGCCUCAUUAGAUCGAACAAGAAGUCUUUAAGUUAGUACAUUUAGCUGGUUUAAGCAGCGGCAUUGUAUCCUAACACUGGCAGCUUAUUUUAAAUGAUAAGGAUAACAAAUCAGGUUGUAUCAUACAGGUCUUUAGCAAUACGUAAGUUUUAUAUGUUGUAUUGAAUGUGUUAGCUUGUAAGAUAUAUAAAUUAAUUUUUGAUAAAACUAAAGUGCCAGUGCCUCCUGUAUUAUUAAGAUAUAAGCAAACUUAUUUUUAAGACUGAACUUGAUGUUGGCAUUUAUUUAAUGUACCUAUUAAAUUUCAUUUUAUAACAA